AUGCAUAAUGUUGUCCUCCGUGGCGAUGGCAAGAUCGAGCUUGGUGGCCUCUCCGAGUCGGACAGAGCCGAGAUCGACGCCGGUCUCGCCGACGAGACUCUCAUCCCGUACAAGCUCUGGCCAGAGGGGCUGAGCGAUCCCUGGCAAGGCCCAAAGACGGAGUCCAUGGCCUCACGGCUGGUGCUCACCGACGAUCCCGUCGAUGAGGCCUUGUGCACCGAGAUGCUCCCGCCAGACUCGACUGUCUUUAUGGUCGCGCCGUGGGUCGCCGAGAACGCGUGGCACACGCACAACGACAUCAUCAUGCCCAUGUUCUUUAACGUGUGGCUCGCCGACACGCUCUCGUCCGACAAGGCUUCCAACAACGUGCUUUAUGUGUUCAAUCCCGGGCUUGCCCGCGCCGUCAUCCGCGAGCUUCCAACCUUUCUCGAGCGCAUCCUCUUUGGCGGCGGCAUCCGCUCUACGAGCGAGCUCUCGGCAUCGCCCGACGCGCGGAUUUGCAUUCCGCGGCUCCGCUACGGCCGCGGUCCGCUCUUGCUCUACCUCAACGAUGAAGUCUUUCCAGCCCUGCGCGGGAAGCUCGGCUCGCCGGACACCGCUUGGCAGCACUUUUCGCCCGGCGAGAUCACCACCGCGUAUCGGGCUCACGUCUGGCAACAGCUCGGCAUCGAGCCCAAGGCGCCGCUCGACGGCAUGACCGGCAUGGCAGGCAAUGACCAAGUGCUCAACGGGAGUCGCACCAUCCUCGUUCCGCGUCGCAGCUCACGGUCGUUCCGCCUUCCCGACGGCGAGGACGCGUUUGUCGACGCCCUCGCUGCGUAUCCGCACCUGGACGUAGUCUCAGAGACCUUUGCCGGCUCGUUCACCGAUACUAUCACCCGUUUUGCUUCCGUCGACGUAGUGAUGGGCGCGUCGGGCGCCGGACUCAUCCACACGCUGUAUGCACCGCCGCAUGCGGCGCUUGUCGAUCUGCGGCUCUCGGUCGGCUGCCAGCCGUCGUUCCACGCCGAAACCGCCCAUCACGCCUCACUCCGCUACCUCGAGAUUUGGGAGCCUGAAUACGAGCCGUACUCGCUUGAUCAGCUCGCCCGCGACUUGGUCGUUGUUCUCGAGCAAGUCUUUGGCCUCUGGUCGCGCCGCGCCAUGGCAGGCCCAUUCCUCUCUAACGAGGCUGCUGGCCUGCCUGCCUUUCUCGUUGGCGACGGAGAGAGCAAAGCCACAGCGACGAGUCGCUGCCGCCCAUUCCCUGCCGAGUCGGGCAUGGGGCCACGCGCGAUGUGCUGGCACGUGCCGAGCCUAUCGGUCCCAGCCACCUCGCGGGCUUUCAUCACCCUUCCGGCGCCGCACAUCCCACUCACGUGCUUUGGCCGUGACCGCGUCGUGCUGCCGGAUCCGGACGACCGUGACACCCGAUUCCCGCUCGUCGACAUUGCUCCCGGUCGCGACGGGCUCACGCCCCGCCUCUACCCUGCUGUGACCGUUACCGACGAGUCAGCCGCGGCCGGUAGGUAGUCUACAAGAAGUGUUAAUUCGGGAGAAGAGCAAGAGGAAAGAGCAAGCAAAGCGAGGACGAGAGCGCUUAGGCCUCGACCGCCUCGUCCUCAACAUCGUCGGCGCCUUCGUCGUCCGAGUCGUCGGACUUGUACAGCAGAUCCUGGACCUGCUUAAGGAACGGGAUGUCCUCGUCUUCGUGGGCCUCGGCAAGGAUCUCAAUGUCGCGGAGCUUGCCAAGUAAAA